AUGGGACGCAAAUUACACAAUUUCCUCCUUCCCUUGCUCGCUUUUCAUUAUAUGGCACCCAUUAACGCUCGUUUCACAAAAACGACAUGUUGGACUGGUAUGAACACGGCUUGCAUCCAGCAGAAUGCAGCUGGUGCUUGGUGCUUUAUACCUAACGUUGCUGGUGGAAUAACGGCGACGUCUUGCACCGGAACUGAUAGUUACCCCGACGCAGACUUUGCCACCGUGCUAGAGGUCCACCUCGCUCAAGGUCUAUCCGUCGCUUACUACAACGGCAUUGGUAAUUCUUUACUCGGUGGGGCUGACUAUCCUAUCCCUUCCAAUCCAGGUGUCAUUCGUCUCUGUGCGUCUGGUCAGGCUGGAGAUGGGAAUUACUUAACCGUGUGCAUGAACGCUUUGUCCGAUAAUACUUUUGGCGCAAUUCCGUAUUGCGAUGUUGUUAGAGGCCAGAAGAAUGUUACCGAUGGUCCGUCUUCCAUCAUUUCUUCCCCUGGCUCGGUGUCGACCUCAGAAUCCACCUCAUCCCCCGGAUCCACCAAUUCCUGCCCAUCAUAUACCCCUGCGCAAGCCAACGGUGCCCUGUCGCUGAACUCAAUGCUUCAUUGUGUAUUGCUGCUUUGUCUUCCAGUGAUCUUGGCCUCUUCCAGAUUGAGGGUGUUUGGUCUUCUCAUGUCACUCGUCGUCGCCUCUUCUUUGCUCCCUUCAAAUCACGCUCGUUUCACUCAGGCGACAUGCUGGAAUGACCAAUGCAUUCAACAAAGCUCCGUUGGUACAUGGUUCUAUAUAACCAAUUCUGCACCAAUCUGA